CACUCAGCAAUUUGAACGAUGCAUAGGUCAUAGAUACACACAAGAAGGCAAGAGAAGACCUUCUACACUUGGAUACAAUUAAGCUUAUAUAUAAACCUGGGCAGGGAUUCCUAAUCUACAGAACUAUCGCAUUCACGACUAUAUCAACUUUACGACAAUCGCGGGCGCUAUCUCAAUAUGGACCGUUCAUCCUUCCUUCCCUUCCUAUCUCUGGUCAUCGGUCCAGUAUGCAUGGCGGCAAUAGCUUACUCGAUAUUAGCGUAUGUAAUCGGCAUUUUGCCGGCACUAGAGGUGAUUGGGCUGGUCCUCUUAACGUUAGAAGUCAUCUGGUACUUCUACUACCGGUAUCGUAUUCGGGCCCUAUCUGAAACCUUGGUCACUUCACCCCCCUACGACGACUACGAAUUCAUCCUGGAGAAUAUCAUAGACUAUGUCUCCGACAAUGGCAACGUCUUUUUUCCGUUGUGGUUUCAGAGUCGCAAUGUCGAGAGUAUUACCCGAAGCGAGUUCCGAGCUAUGUUUGCGGCCAACUAUCACCACAAGACAGUUUCCGAGUUAACACCGUACGAAGCAGAAAUGUUUGAGAGAAUGUGCACGAGUUUUGAGGAUCGUGUGGGAGCUAAGUUUAUGGUUCAGGAUGCAAGCACAGAUAAGGUAAAAGGCCUACCUGCACGCGUGUACUACGACGACAGCGAGGAGCACCCCGUGGGCUACAUGCAGCACACAAGGGACGAUCUCAAGGUCAUCCACCACCCACUCUUCCUGUAUCUUUGGUCACACUUAUCGAACGUAUCAUGUACCAUAGUACUACGCUACGUCUUGGGAUUCACGGACGUAUUCGAUCAAACGACCAGGAUAUGGUAUUGGGUGAAGAGGAGCAAGAAGAAGGUCACACAAGAGGCAUAUGGGACGUUUGACGAUGCCGCCAAAAGCACGCCGGCGGCUAGAAAACCGAUUGUAUUUGCUCAUGGUAUGGGCGUGGGGUUGGGCCAAUACCUGCAUAUCGUUUGGAGACUGUGCCACAUGCACAACUACUUGGGUGAACCCGACAAGGACGGUGUGACAGAGGAUACAUCAGGGGUCGAUGACAGAGAUGUGUACCUCAUGGAUAUGCCGCAUAUAGCGUUAAGAAUAUGCGAGGAUGUGCCCACAGUGGAUUCGCUUGUAGAGACCAUUAAGAACUUCCUGCAGAAGGACGGCCACGAUUCAGCCGUGUUCGUAGGCCACUCCUACGGCACCGUGGUGCUCGCACGUAUGGCCAAAACGAACAAGCAUUUGAUGCACACAACGGCCUUCAUCGAUCCAAUCUGCUUCUUGCUGUUUGUACCGGACAUUCUACACAGUUUUGUGUACCGGUCUCCGGCGGCGCAUUGGUUCCAGUGGUUGCGCUGGUACUUCUGCAGUCGGGAACUGUAUAUGCAGAAUGUGCUGUGCCGAAACUUUUGGUGGCAUCAGUACAUUCUCUUCGCAUCAGAUAUCCCAAAGCACACUUUGGUGGUCGCUGCAAUGGAAGACGACAUUGUACCGAGUAGAGGUGUUGUAGAAUACCUGAAGGCGAACAGCCCGGACACGCACGUAUUUGAGCCUUUAUUCCAACACGCACAGUUUAUGACCAGCCCCGACUUUGUGAAAAAGUUGAUAAGGAGGCUGGUGGCUCAGGAUGCCUCAGCGACUGCCGAGAAGGCGGCUGGAACGUAUUAACGUAUUGAUUGCGGUCAAUACUUAGCUGCUGGUGUGCCAAGUGUAUGCUUGUAUCUGUGUUUGCACUCCAUACAGGCACGUAUGAUACUCUGAAUUUAGACAGCGCUUUCUCGUAGACUUGGGAUCUGUGUGGCAACGUGAUAUUUUGGAUAUCUUACGUCUUGGAGCGCGAGAAAGAGAAUGUACUCUAAAGCAUGCUUCAUUUCGCCAAUAAAACUUAGUAGAGCUUCAAUAUGCUUGAGAGCAGCAGCACUAUAAGAGUAUCUCGGAUGGCGUUUGUGAAAUGCAAUUGCGAAAUGGGUGCCAAUUGGCACUAAAGUUAAUAUAUGGAAUAAGCUGGAUCGACUACAGACUGCAGACGUGUUUACACAGUCAGCAACGGGUAUAUACAUGUCCGAAUCGUUGGUAUAUAACUGUACUGGUUUGUGUCUAUAGGGUUCUUAAAAGCUGAGGUGCAAGAGGCACAUCACAUCAUUACCUGCUGAACUAGGGGAAUGGAUCCGCA